AUGGUACAACGCAUUCCCGGAGUUCCUAAACUUCUGGAAAAGGCAACACCGACAAGCUACGCUGACUCUCCUUUUGUGGAUGACAUUGCCUUGGUAAAGACGCCAAAACGUUUCAACGUUCCCUCUAUGAAAGCAUAUGACGGGUCGACUGAUCCUCUAGAACACGUAGCACAAUACAAGCAGCGGAUGUUUACGGUCCCGAUAACGAAAGACCUAAGAGAGGCGUGCAUGUGUAAAUGUUUUGGGUCCACGUUGGCCGGUCCAGCUCUACAGUGGUUUGUGAAUCUACCCAAUGGCUCCAUAGAAACGUUCGCCGACCUGGUUGACGCUUUCAAUUUACAAUUCGCAAGCAGUAGGGUGUUCGAAAAGACGACGAGCGACCUCUACAAGAUCGUGCAGAGAUAUCGGGAACCACUCAGGGAUUACCUCACGCGAUUCAACAGGGAGAAAGUGACCAUAACUAACUGCGACGUGCCCACAGCGAUUGAGGCGUUUAGAAGAGGAUUUGAAAGGGACUCACCGCUCUACGACGAGUUAACUAAGUACCCAUGCAGGAGUAUGGAUGACGUACAGGCGAAGGCGAUGGCCCAAGUAAGAUUGGAAGAGGACAGGAGGGAAGAAGAUGACAAGUACUACCGUCCGAACAUGAAGGUCACGACGUCGAGGGUCCACGACACCAGACCUUAUGUCAGGCCAACGCACGAUGACACAAGGGUUAGCUCUGCACAGGAGAGGACGGAUUGGAGAAAGGACCCCAACCUGCCUCCAACAUAUGACAGUUACGGUUUCACAUUGACACCUUCGGCCUUAAUGAGAGAAUUCACUAAGAUGGGAGACGCCGUCAAGUGGCCCCCCAAAUCAAACAAACCAAAGUCGAAUCCGGAUUCAAAGCUAUGGUGUGAUUUCCAUGGAGACUACGGACACCGCGCUUAUGAUUGCGUGGCCUUAAUGUAG